UCAUAAAUUCAUAACCAGGUGCUUGCGACAAACUGUUAGAAUGGCUGUUGCACUCCCAUCUUUUCAGAGGCGAAGAACUGUUCCUCCCUUCUAGCGUCCGAAGUCUGAAUCUGAACAGGAAUGGAUCCUCCGUUUAAGCCUAGUUUUCCAGAAAAUUUGAUGCACAAAAACCGGUUACAUGAAUAUGCACAAAAAUCAGCUAUCCCACUUCCUGUUUAUAGCUGUGUUAAUGAGGGAGCUCCGCAUGCACCAAAGUUCAGGUCUACAGUUUUGAUUGAUGGAGAAACUUAUACAUCAUUUAGGACAUUCUCAAAUCGCAAAGCUGCAGAGCAUGAUGUUGCAAAAGUUGCAUAUGAGCAUAUACAGAAAAAGACUAAAGAAAGUUGUCCUAUAAUUCUUGAGGAAACAAUAGUUUGCAAAUCUGUCCUCAAUGAGUUUGCAGUCAAAAUAAACCUUGAGAAACCAAUAUAUAAAACCACUCAGUCAGAAGGGCAAAACCCAGGAUUUAUCUCUUCUUUGCUUUUCAAUGGUAAAUCAUAUACUGGUUGUGCAGCCAAAAGCAAGAAAGAAGCAGAACAAUUAGCAGCACGCACUGUUAUCCAAUAUUUUCUUGGUAAUCCUGUGUAUGAGACUCUUCUUUCUGGAAUUAUAAAAUCUAAAGUUAGAGUUUUUGGCAUGAUGCAUAAAGUCAAGGAAUCUGGGACUUCUACUAGUGCUUCUAUAGUGCAAUUGCCUACAACUAUAGGACAAUCUCAAGGACACAAUUCGAAUGCUCCAGUUAUAAAUCAACUUCAUCAUGAAUUUAGGAAACCAAAGCAAGAACAAUUAAGUGAAACCAGUGCUGCCUUAACUGGAAAUGUCAAUGAUAGACCACUUGGUAGCAGUGUGGCAGGACCAACUGGUUCUGGGUAUGAGUCUGCCUAUGUGCAGCCUCCUGCAAUAGGCUGCACAUCCCAAAACAUGGCUGAUAAUACUAGUAUUGGUACUAAACGCAAAAAGAGCAAGAAGGGCAAGAAUGCAGGACAAAAGAAAUUAUGCGAAGGCUCACAGAUAGCGGGACUCCCUCAGAAUCAGGCCCAAUCAUGUUCUGUAACCCUAUGAGUAGUGCCAAUAUUCACAAAGAUCAAAGAUGCUCCUUUUUCCUCGCCCUUUUUUGGGUAGUGAGAAGUGGUCUUGUUCUGCCUCAUGCAGGAAAGUUUUGCAAAAUUAGCAAGCUUUGACAAGAGUUGUCAAAUGGUGAAACGGGGUCGAGGUGGUUGUACUAUUGUGUUUUGUUGGACACUUGGAUGUAGAUCACCAGAUAUUUGCCAUCUAUGUUAUUUCCAGUCCAGGCAUUCAUUACCCCUGUUGAGGUUACUAAUGCCAUUUGACAACGUACUGUCAUAUGUAAUUGAACUUGUUUUUUUUUUUAUCAA